GUGGGCGUGGUAUUCACUGAAACGCUCACUAUUGCGUGACGACAGGCGCGUAAGUCGAUGACGAAGAACACAAGUGACCCGACGACGGGAAGAUGGCGGAGUACCUAGCGUCCAUUUUUGGUACAGAGAAAGACAAGGUCAACUGCUCCUUCUACUUUAAGAUUGGAGCAUGUCGACAUGGAGAUCGCUGCUCCCGGCUCCACAAUAAACCAACUUUUAGUCAGACCAUCCUGAUCCAAAACAUCUAUCGUAACCCUCAGAACAGUGCUCAGACAGCUGAUGCCUCUCGCUGUGCCGUAAGCGAUGUGGAAAUGCAGGAGCAUUACGAUGAGUUUUUCGAGGAAGUUUUCACAGAAAUGGAGGAGAAGUACGGCGAGGUGGAGGAGAUGAAUGUGUGCGAUAAUCUGGGUGAUCACCUUGUUGGCAAUGUUUAUGUGAAGUUCCGACAUGAGGAGGAUGCAGAGAAAGCUGUGAUGGACCUGAAUAACCGCUGGUUCAAUGGCCAGCCCAUCCAUGCUGAACUCUCCCCGGUUACCGACUUCAGAGAAGCCUGCUGCAGGCAGUAUGAAAUGGGGGAGUGCACUCGAGGUGGCUUCUGUAACUUCAUGCACCUAAAGCCCAUCUCUCGCGAGCUGAGGAGGGAACUGUACGGACGCCGUAGGAAAAGGCACCGCUCUCGUUCUCGGUCUCGUGAGCGUCGCUCUCGCUCACGGGACCGCGGCCGUCGCGACCGGGAGAGGAGGAGAUCAAGGGAUCGUGAACGCUAUGGAAGGUUUUGAGUCAUCAUGUGAACCCUUUUUUUUGGUUUUUAUUCUUCGGUGUAGUGCUCUCCCCACCCCAAACGACCAACAUUUGCCUGGAACAUUGGACUUUGUUCUGUACCUUACUUUUACCCAUUUUUUUCCCUCUUUUUGUUUUUUUAAGAUCACACGAAUAUGAAAGCUCAGUUUCUCAAUAAAAGUACAUUGUUAUUAA